AUGCUAAAAACAGGAAAAGGACAGGACACAGACUCAUGUGGGGAAGAAAUGGCGGAGAAGGUGCAGGAAGAAGAGGGAUACUCUGGCAGCUACCUACAAAACCUCCAGGACCAGGAGGAACACCUUCUUCAACAGUUAGAUAAAGAUGCCACAAAUGAGGUGUUGAAACCUGAAACUGAUAGAACCCAGCAGACACCUGAACAGAGUGCGCAAAAUCCUGCGCCCAGAGCCUUGCCAUUGGCUUCCCUAGCACCUCUACCCGAGUGUCCUUUGCCUAUACACCACCUAGAAGAACGAUCUAACUUAAAUACUGUAUCUCUGGGAACCAUCCCCUGGACCCACUUCUUAGAAAAUGCUGAUUUGACCAUUUACCCCUGGACCACCUUGGGCCUCGACAGCUUUCACCGUGUAAUUUAUUUGCUGUGCUGUUGGUGGGAAUCUGCCAAAACCUUAUUUUUACGCACCUGGGCAUGUGGCACAACAUCUCAGCCAGAAAGCUUGCCCCCACCACCAGCAGAAAUCUCCUUCCAGAGAGACUCCAGAUUCUGGCAGACAGUGGCUGGAGGCAUCUCCUUCAUUAAAAACAACAUCCAACUCCUGGAGAUGUUUAUCUCCAAAAAAGUGAGCCAAAGGCUAUGGAGGGAGAAAGAAAAGAAUAGGCCAUUUUUCACACCACUGAGCCCAGACUAUCCCCCAGAUUCUCUGGGGGACCUACUGAAGUCACAGAAUAACGAGAGACACACCAUAAACAAUCUCCUGUGGGAAACAGAAGCAGAAAUGUGGCAGGCUCCCAGUUAUCCACAGGGAUUUUAUUCGAAGGAUGAGUUAGACCCUGGGGAUCUGAGACGCAGCCAGUUUUUCUGGGGCCUACCCUCGCUGCAUAGUGAGUCUCUGAUGACUUCAGCCUGGCUCCAAGCAAGGUCUUCUGCUCAUGGAACUAAACCUUUCACAUUUAAUAAUGUUUUCUUAACUGAACCUCCACCUAAAGGAGCUCUACAUUUUUCUCAGCCUCAGGAUGCUGCUCAAGCUCAGCUUGAAACACAAAAGUUGCCUCCCCCAGCAUCUAACGUCCUGACCGAGGACCAUUUCCCGCGCCCAUUCCCAACCCAACUACCUUCUACUCCACUGCAGAUUAAUACCUGUAGGGCAUCAGGUCUGAUAUCUGAACAGUGGGCGGCACAAUCAUUAUUUCCAAAUAGACCCCAGGAUCUUGAAUGGUCCUUAAAAGAGCGACUGAAAUGUGGCGAAGUUUUAACCUCUAAGUUUGAAACAACUCAGGAGAUCAUUAAUCAACCCACUCUUAACCUUCCCCGGGGCAGCAAUGACCCCCAGAUUAAUAAAUUAGACUGUACCUUUUCCAGGAACUCUAUCAUCCUUGAGUGCCAGAAGCCUGAGGGGGAACCUCAGAGUCAAGAGAAGGUCACCAAAUAUCAAGGGCAGCACUUCCCUUCCCUUGGACUCCCAGAACCCCAGCCGAUGCAGUAUCAGGAUAAAUUCACAGGAAAAACUGAGUGCCAGCCACAGAAUAAGUAUGAGUUUCCCCAGCCUUCUCAGCCCACUUCACUCAGUUGUGAAAGCAAGAGAGGGUCCACAUUCUCUCAUGAAGUCCAAGUAGCUUUCCCUCUGAACAACCCAUGCAAUGGCAUAGAGCAAGAUCUGGAGAGGCACCCAGUGAAGGGUCUGGAGAACAACGAUGGGACGAGGCAAAAGAAGUACUCAGGAAGUCACUUACCUAGAACACUAGAUAAAAAAUACCUGGACGUCCACCUGAGGAGGAAGCUGGAACAGAUUAAGAAGGGCAUGAUUCCAGUGCGCGUGCGUCAAUCCUUCUUUUCUAGAAGAAGUGUUUUCUCCAAGCCCAAUGCCCCUUCAAAACCAAGUGUAGUAUCCUGCACAAAUCAGCCAUCCAGAGUAAACACUUUCCAGGAGCUUUUGUUUCUUGAUACUAAAAGUCGCCUUAUGUUAGAGACCAACACCAUAACAUGCCGGAAGAAACACCGAUGGUAUCCCCAGCUGCAGGCCAGUGACUCAAAUCUCAAUUUAUGUGAAGAUCCAGCUUCACCUCUUCCACAGCGUGAACUUCCCUCCUCAGACUCCCGUGGCUUCAAGGUGUCCAAACCAGAAGAACACGGUCAGAAAGAUUCAGGGAAGGAAGAAGUAGGGAAAGUAUCAGUAGCUUCAUUGAAGCUUCUCUUCUCUGCCCCGUCACCUGCAGAAAUACAGAGGUCCCAGGGGCAUAAUCCAUCUAGGAUCAACCAUAGACACGCAGAGGCCUGCCCAUCUGAACAGAACAGCAGCUUGCCCCUUAAACCCAGCACCUCCCGUCUCCUAAGCAGGACUCAACAGAGGACUGUCCUGGAGACUGUGAUGGCCAGUCCUAAGCCACAGGAGAGUAUGGACAUGGUCUCAAGAAACCCUUUCCUUAAUGGAACCACUCUCAAGAAAAAAUUAGCAUUCCCCCCUCCAGUGACCAAAGAUACCAAGGAAACAAAGGAGGUAAAAAAGGAGAUGCCUCCUAAACCAGUAACUAGUCUGUUUCAAAACUCUCGAAUAAUUAAUCUGAAGAGUUCAGAGUCUCAGGGGACUAGUAACAGCCCCUCCCCCUCCAGAAAUUUUUCACCAGACUCUGGAGAUUCCCAACAGAAAGCCCAUUUGAUUUGUGAGGUCCAAUGUAAACUGGGGGUUGGCUUGAAAAAGCCACAAAACCCAGCCACUGACAUCCAACACAGCCACGCUGACAAGCUCCCCACCACAACCAACCAGUCUUCCAAGGCCUCUUUAAACCAGCACCCAGAACAUGUUUCAAACUAG